UAUCUCUCAUCUUGAAGCUAGAAAGAGGAAGAAAGAGAGAGAACACGCCAACAAGGAACAGAAGUCGUAAAUUUAAUUAUCAAGAUGACCUACCAGAUGGCGUUAUCAAAUCGUACUACAGCCCAGGUUGCCAUAGCGACAAGCACGUUACUUCUGAUAGGACUGAUUGCUUUAGGAGGAAACCUACUUGUAGUAAUCUCGAUCUAUCGUAACCCAAUACUUCGUAAAAUAACAAACUACUUUGUGUUUUCACUCGCUAUGACAGACAUAAUGUAUUGUUUGUUCGGGCUGUCGUUUACAUUAGUUUCUUUGGCAGAAGGACGGUGGAUCUUUGGAACCGUAACAUGCCAUUUUCAAUCUAUAUGGACACAGAGCCUCACUUAUAUAUCAAUGUACACAAUAUCCAUCAUGGCCAUUAACCGCUUCGUUCGAGUCUGUAAAUCUUCUAAAUACAAUUCCAUGUUUAACCAUACAACGUCCUUGGUAGUGAUAUGUCUAGUUUGGGUGUUGAGUUUUGGAAUUGUUUCAAUUGCCAGCGGUAUUCCCAAUUCAUUAUUUUACAGCAAGUUUGAUCCCAGCCGAGCCAUGUGCCAUAAUUUCUACAGCAGAGAGGACACAGUCAUAAACAUUUCCACUAUCAUUUUUAUUGUAGCAAACAUCGUAUUUCAGAUGUUUAUCAUAAUAUUUUGCUACUUUAACGUUUUCAAGACAAUAAAAAAGCACACUAACUCUGUCGCUCCUUCAUCCAACACGGGAGGACUAGGUACUAGCCCAAGAGAAAUCAAGAUCACGUGGACAUUAUUUGCGGUUUUAUUGGGAUAUGUCUCGACAUGGGUUCCUGUGUUGAUCGUGAUGCUCAUAUCAAAUAUAAGUCCCCAUCAUCUGUCACGUGAAACACAGAUGAUUGUAACAUACGCAGGAACUGCCAGCAGUGCAAUCAAUCCGAUUAUAUACGGUAUAACGAACCCGUAAU